GAACGUUGGUUACCCAUCCACACUGUGGACACUAUGGUGAGUACUUUUAUCUCUCUCUGCUUAGCGCAGACCCCCAGCCUUGAUAGUCCCGCCAAUGUCGACGCUGCCGCAAGCCAACUCUUGCAUUUCUAUGUCUGUUCCUCACGAACCCUUUUUCGUCCCAUUUUCGCCGUUAUCACUGGGCCCAUACAGAGACACAGGUCUCUCUGGAGGCCGCAAGAAAGUUCGAUGUCUUGCUUGUGA